UCCAAAAUGGACAAGUCCCUCUUGCUGGAGCUCCCCAUCCUGCUCUGCUGCUUUAGGGCAGUAUCUGGAUCAUUUUUAAAGAGAAAAUUUGCAGACAAUGAAAUAGCUACUGUGGAAUAUGAAUUUCCUCUGACAGAAAUUGUUCAGUGUAGGAUGUGCCACCUCCAGUUCCCGGGAGAAAACUGCUCCAGAGGAAGAGGAAUAUGCACAGCAGGAACAGAAGAGGCCUGCAUGGUUGGAAGGAUUUCCAAAAGGGACGGUAGUCCCUGGUUAACCUUCAAGGACUGCCUGAAGAACUGUGCUGACGUGAAAGGCAUAAAGUGGAGUGUCUAUUUUGUGAGCUUCAGCUGCUGCAGGAGCCACGACCUGUGCAAUGAAGACCUUUAGAAGUUAAUGCUUCUUCUGUGACUCCAAUUUCUGGGUGAGGUUGUUGCCUCAGCCUCUUCACAAUGACUUUCAUUAAAAAAAUCCCUCUCACACACACACACGCACACUACAGAAGAGGAUUGCAAAGACAUGGCUCCAUCUUCUGCACAUGAAAAGAAAGUCCCUCUCCUUUUCUAGUCUCUGUCUCAUCCCUUAAAAUAAGAAAAUAAAUAACCUUGAGAGCAAGAACAAGAUCAAUAUAUCCUGCAGGUUGCCAUAAGCCCUUGCGCUUUCACUGUAUAGCCCGUUUGUUCAGAAAAGAGGGAAAAGGAUAGUUUAAUUUCAAAAAAGAAUCCCUUCCUCUUUCCUCUGCUGCUUUCCUUCCUUCUGUGGCAGGGUAUUUUAAUAUUUUUCACAUUUUUUUCUCUCUGUGUUAUCUUGCUUAUCCCACUCCAAAGAAAGCACAUAACUGUGGUCUGAAGGGAUGGGGAGUAGCAACAUAAAAAGAAGUGGCUCAAGUCUUCUUGGAGUUUGUUCAUGAAUGUUAAUCCCAGGGUGAGGAGAAGAUUGGGACAUAGAAAGGAAGCUGCACCAGAACCAUGAACAGAGAAAGAUUGUCUGCCUUCUAGAAUCAGAUCUGUUUGGGACUAGUGGUUGGAGAAUAAAAGCAGGAGAAGUCUAUGAGAUUCUAGAGAUAGUACCUGCAUCCAGCUUCCCUGUCAAACUCACAAGGAGGCAUCAACCACUAGACAGGGAACAACUGCAGGAUACUUCCAGGGGACAGAACCACCAGCAGGAACACAAAUAUUCCCAUGCCUAGAGCAUGGCAUGGAGGAAGCUGAGAACUGUGCGGUCUGAGGAAGCCAUUUGAGUCUGGCCACUAGACAUCUCAUCAGCCACUUGUGUGAACAGAUGCCCCAUGACCCCAGAUGCCUCUCCCACCCUUACCUCCAUCUCACACACACUUGAGCUUUCCACUCUGUAUAAUUCUAACACCCUGAGAGAAAUGGCAGUUUGACCGAACAUGUUCACAAGGGUAGAGGCUGAUUUCUAAUGAAACUUGUGGAAUGAAGCCCAGAAAGAGUGAUGAAUUAUAUUAUAUUAUAUAAAAAUAAUAAUAAAAAUAUAAAGAAAGCUA